CGAAUCCUCCGAGCUCGCCUGUACAGUUUUGUCUCGAAUUUGGCAACUUUCGACUCAGACUCAGGUAGCCUGCUCUGGCGAACUUUCGGCUCAGGAAAGCUCGACUUCUUGGAUACUCGGCUCUGGCUCGCCCUUGGACCCGGAAGAGUUACGUGGGGACUUCCGGUGCCGGCUGCUGGGGGCAGCCAUGGCGCCGCUGCUGGAAUACGAGCGCCAGCUGGUGCUGGAGCUGUUGGAAACCGAUGGGCUAGUGGUGUGUGCCCGCGGGCUUGGCGCCGACCGGCUCCUCUAUCAUUUCAUUCGGCUGCACUGCCACCCGGGGUGCCUGGUGCUGGUGCUCAACACUCAACCUGCCGAGGAGGAAUAUUUUAUCAAUCAGCUGAAGUUAGAGGAAGUUGAACACCUUCCUCGACGAGUGACAAAUGAAAUUGCAAGUGGAAGUAGAUAUGAGGUUUAUACCCAAGGUGGUGUCCUAUUUGUAACAAGUCGAAUUCUUGUGGUAGAUUUCUUGACUGACAGAAUUCCUUCAGAUUUGAUUACUGGUAUUUUGGUCUACAAAGCCCACAGAAUUAUUGACUCGUGUCAGGAAGCCUUCAUCUUGCGCCUCUUUCGUCAGAAAAAUAAACAUGGCUUCAUUAAAGCUUUCUCAGAUAAUGCAAUUGCCUUUGAUACUGGCUUUUGUCAUGUGGAAAGAGUAAUGAGAAAUCUUUUUGUAAGGAAGUUGUACCUGUGGCCAAGGUUUCAUGUAGCAGUUAACUCAUUUUUAGAACAGCACAAGCCUGAAGUAGUUGAAAUACAUGUUGCCAUGACUCCUGCUAUGCUUGCAAUCCAAACAGCAAUUCUGGACAUUUUGAAUGCAUGUCUGAAGGAAUUAAAGUGCUACAACCCAUCUCUUGAAGUAGAAGAUUUAUCUUUAGAAAAUGCUAUUGGAAAACCUUUUGACAAGACAAUUCGUCACUAUUUAGAUCCUCUGUGGCACCAACUUGGAGCAAAGACUAAAUCUUUAGUGCAAGAUUUGAAGAUACUACGUACUUUGCUACAAUAUCUCUCUCAGUAUGACUGUGUCACAUUUCUUAAUCUUCUGGAAUCUUUGAGAACAACUGAGAAAGCAUUUGGCCAGAAUUCAGGGUGGCUGUUCCUUGACUCUAGUACUACUAUGUUUGUAAAUGCUCGAGCCAGGGUUUAUCACAUUGCAGAUACCAGAAUGAAUAAAAAGUGCAAAAUGACUGAAAAAACAAACAUAAAAGAAAACCAAGAAAUGAAAAGAGAACUAGUUCUAGAAAGUAAUCCUAAAUGGGAAGCCCUAACUGAAGUAUUGAAAGAAAUUGAAACAGAAAAUAACAACAGUGAAGCUCUUGGUGGUCCAGGGCAAGUACUUAUUUGUGCAAGUGAUGAUCGAACAUGUGCACAGCUUAGAGAAUAUAUCACUAUUGGAGCAAAGGCUUUCUUAUUGAAAAUAUAUACAAAAACCUUUGGAAAGGAUAACAAAGCUGGAGAAGUGAAGGUGAAAUUCAAAAAGGAAGACAAUUCUAAGGGAAACCAGAAAUCUAGCAAAGAAUCCAAAGUCUCAAAAGCCAAGGUCAGGACUUCCAAAAGACCUCCAAAGAAGAAGCAAGAAUUAACUUUAGCUCAAAUGAUAACAAAGAUUGAGGAUGAAAGUGAAGAAGUUGAUUAUAAAGAAACAAGCAUCAACCAAGAAAGCUGCCUCAAGGAAACAGAACCUGAAGUGUUUCAUAUGAAUUUAUCAUCUGAUGCUGCAUAUGGCGUCCAGAAAGAACCCCUCACUAUCAUCCAUCCACUUCUGGGUUGUGGUGACCCCUAUGCCCUUACCAGGGUCCUACAUGAAGUAGAGCCAAGAUAUGUCGUCUUAUAUGAUGCAGAGCUGACAUUUGUACGUCAGCUUGAAAUUUAUAGGGCAAGUAGGCCUGGGAAGCCUAUGAGGGUUUAUUUUCUUAUAUAUGGAGGUUCAACUGAAGAACAGCGCUAUCUUACUGCUUUACGGAAAGAAAAAGAAGCUUUUGAGAAACUCAUUAGAGAAAAGGCAAGCAUGGUUAUCCCUGAAGAAAGAGAAGGCAGAGAUGAAACAAACUUGGACCUGGUAAGGGAAGCUGCCUCUACACAUGCUUCCACUGACACUCGCAAAGCAGGUGGCCAGGAAAAGAUUAAUUUGCAACAAAGUAUAAUUGUGGAUAUGCGAGAGUUUCGAAGUGAACUGCCAUCUCUGAUUCAUCGACGUGGCAUUGACAUUGAGCCAGUUACUUUAGAAGUUGGAGAUUAUAUCCUUACUCCUGAAAUAUGUGUGGAGAGGAAAAGUAUCAGUGAUUUGAUUGGCUCUUUAAAUAAUGGUCGUCUCUAUAGUCAGUGCAUUUCCAUGUCUCGAUAUUAUAAGCGUCCAGUACUUCUGAUUGAGUUUGAUCCCAGUAAACCUUUCUCUCUUACUUCUCGGGGCUCUUUACAUCAGGAGAUUUCCAGCAAUGAUAUUAGUUCCAAACUUACUCUUCUUACUCUUCAUUUUCCAAGACUCCGUAUCCUUUGGUGCCCCUCCCCACAUGCAACUGCUGAGCUAUUUGAGGAGUUGAAACAGAACAAGCCACAGCCAGAUGCAACAACAGCCAUGGCCAUCACAGCAGAUGCUGAAACCCUUCCUGAUUCAGAAAAAUACAAUCCUGGACCCCAGGACUUCUUAUUAAAAAUGCCAGGAGUCAAUGCCAAAAAUUGUUGCUCCUUAAUGAAUCAUGUUAAAAGCAUUGCCGAAUUAACAACUUUGUCACAGGAUAAUCUCUCAAGUAUUCUUGGAAAUGCCGCAAAUGCUAAGCAGCUUUAUGAUUUCAUUCAUACUUCCUAUGCAGAAGUUACAGCUCAGGGAAAAGUUAAAAAAUGAAAUCAUAGUGUUGGUUUAUUUUGAUCAUACUCUUUGUUGUCUUUUGUCAUAAUAGCAGUCAUACUCUUAUUUCUUUGUUUUCCUUGCAGCCAGUGGAACAUAAAUCUUAAAACUUCAAAUCUGGAAAUCAUCUAGUCCAAUCCCCUCAGCGUACAUAUAAAGAUAUAAGUGCCCAAAAAGGGAAAGUGACCUACCCAUAGUCAAACAGAUAAUUAGUAGCCAGAGUUAGUCAGAGAUCAAACCUCCAGACUCAUAGGCCAAUGUUCUUUCAAUUAUGCCACCUUGAGAUCCUUAUGACACUUCAAGGAAAUCUUUUUAAAGCUGCCAGCUUUCUUCCUUUUCCCCUAAAUCAUUCCUUUAGUAUAUAACAGUUAAAAAUGAAGCAUGUCCCUAGUAUUCAGAAUAUUACAGAAAUGUAAAUUUCUUUAACUGUUUAUGGAUGAAGGGAUUUUUUUAAUGAAUUGAAAUUGGUGCUUCUAAAAAUUUGAUGAAAUACAUAUAGUUCAUUUCCUCUGAGUUGACUGUAUGAAAUAUACCAAUGUAUCACCAAAAUCCACAGAGGAAAAGAAACUGCCUUUUGCCAACACUGUCUAAUUUCCAAACCUCUGUGUAAAUCAUUGGAGGAUUUACCUCAGUUGAUUGAAAAGUGCAACAGGUAGGAGAAUUGUUAGCCUGAUGAAUUUCUAAUUAGGAAAAGAUAUAUGAUAUACUAUAAUUUAGCUAAUUCAUUUUUGAUAUAAAGUGAAUUGCUUAUUUGCAGAAUUUGUGAGAAUUUAUAAAACCUUGGGAUUUUCAUCCUUUGAACACCCCUAGUCUCUUGGCCCCCUGAGAGAUCAGAGCCUUAUAUGCUAGUGUUUCAAAGCUUUUUAAUUCUUUUAUCUUCCUUCAUAUAUCCUAAAACCACUUUCUCCAUCACACCCUGAAAUACUUCUUUAACUCAUUUCUGAACUGUUCACUUCCACAUUUUGUUCAAUUCUAGUACUCGAGUGCUAAUUAUUUUCUUCUCAACUUCUGUUAUGAGAUUCUCAACAACUUCCUGUUAUAUAAUCUGGAUUAUAUUUAAAUAAGUGGCUAACUAAACUGAAGAAGUUUUGUUUUUUGUACUUGAGUUGUUUGCAAAGAAAUACUUCAUAAGAAUCGGUAAAUAGGAAAAUACUUGUAUAUGGUUCUAGGCUUAAUACAUUUUUGAAAAUCAUAACAUUUUAUAGAAAAAAGAAUCAGGUUGUUGCCACUUUUGUUAAUGAUUUGGUUUAGCAUUCUACUGAAUAUGUAAAAGAUUUAAAUUAUAUUAUUAAAUUAACUAUAAUAAUCUGGUCAUUGACAGUGAAUUUUCUUAUACCUGAUGUGGACAUGGACUGACUGAAUUCUAUAAAAAAACAGUCCCAUCUCACAAAGUUUGCAUUCUUGUCUGUGGGAGUCAGUGUAUGUCACACAGCAUGAAAGAAGAAAGAAUUGAACAUAACCAUAUAAAUUUAUUUGUAAAUGCCAUUUGUAUAUGGUGUCAAUAAUACUUUUGGUCUAAGUUAUUGAAAUGUAAAUGUACACAAGGAUUUUUUUAAAGACUGUACUUUUAAAUUGAAUUUGUUGAUCAUUAAUUACAUUAGUUGUAAUUAUCAAAUUGAGAGGUGAUUUGGAGUGGUAGGGCUAGGGAUCUAUGAGAAAAUCACUUUUUUGAUCAUGUCAAAAACUUACUCAUAGGAGGCAACUGGGUAGCUCAGUGGAUUGAGAGCUAGGCCUAGAGACAGGAGGUCCUAGGUUCAAAUGUGACCUCAGACACUUCCCAGCUGUGUGACCCUGGGCAAGUCACUUCACCCCCAUUGCCUAGCCCUUAUCACUCUUCUGCCUUGGAACCAAUACUGUGUAUUGGUUCCAAUACAGAAGGUACGGGUUUUUUAAAAAAUAAAUAAACUUUUAAAAAUUAACAAAACAUACUCAAAGAUUUUUCAAAAAAAAAAAAAGCGUUAACUUGGAACAGUGGGUGUUUCCUAAAUUAUUGUCUUACAUUUACUUUUAUAUUCACUUUAUUUUUGGAAAUGAGUUCAAGAUCAACUAGUAGUCAUUAAAAUAUUAUAAGUUCUUUUUAAAGAUGCCAAGUUUUAAACUAUCCCAUAUCUAGUAUAUCACAGAUAUCAUUGUCAGAGUUUAUUAAUGCUCUUGUCUCUUGGCACUAUUAUUCACUAUUGUACAUAAUAGGUAUUUGAGAGCUGUAGAUCUCUCUCAUGGAUAUUUGAGGUAUAAAAGAUUUGUCAUCAUCAGUGAACCUUAAAAUAUUAGUUGUUCCUGACUCGUUGCCAGCCAGGUUAACUAAUGUUCUCUUCCAUUAAAUAGAAGUGUAUGUGAAUAUGUAUUCACAUGUAAAUAUAGCUAAUAAUGGUUUUCUGGAAUUGCAUUAGAAUUCCAAGCUUGGAAUCAUGAAAAUGUAUACAAUUUUAGGCUUACCGAUUGAAUAAUCUUUUCUUAUCUUUAGCUUUUUGUUUAUUCAAAUUUUUAUGAGUUUAUUCAUUUUUUCCAGUACUCUUUUUAAAAAUAAGCAUUUAUUUUUUAAUUUGAAACUUUCCCCUCUAUUGUAAAGUAAGAGAUUGACAACCAGGCUGAUGGACAGAUCAGCCUGGGAAGCAGUGGAGGAGGGGCAAAGAGAAUGCUGAGGGUUCUGAGACCAAGGGGGGAAGAGAACUCUGGGACCAACAGUCAAGGUCUUUCUGACUGGGAAAGCAAGAGGAAGGAGCAUCUUCCUGGAGCUGGGAGAGACUGAACCAGAUUUCUCCACCAAUUGGGACCUGAUUUUUUUCCCCCAAGACCCUCAAAUACCUCCACUGAGACUCAACCAUCAUCUGUGUGCUUCUCAACAUGGCUUUUGUCAGACUCAUUCUGGCUUUGAGCCACCUGAUCCAUCUCCCUUGAUCUCUCCCCCAUAUUUACCCCUUUUGAACUGAACUUGGGAUUUAGUUAAGCAUAAGUGUAGGAGAAAAAGCAGUUGGUGGAGAAAGAGGCCAAGGCACAGUGGCCUCUGGCCUCCAGACUUUGGGAGCCAAUCUGCUUGGGAGGGGCAGACCAUUAGGACUUACCUGUCUCCCACCUUCCUUUUUCCCUCAUACUUUUGCCAUCACCUGCCCCAAUUAACCUCAAUAAACCAUUUGGGAAUAUUUAAGACUUUGGGUUUGGGUUUAAGGAGGGGGUUGAUUCCAACCCCUGUGACUUUGUAUCUCUGACCAAGGAAUCUACCAUUUUUACCUUGACUGUUGGCUCCCAGAGUUCUCUUCCCCCUUGGUCUCAGAACCUUCAGCAUUCUCUCCGCCCCUCCUCUGCUGCUUCCCAGGCCGAUCUGUCCAUCAGCCUGGUUGUUAAUCUCUCUCUCUUAUUUUACACUAUCUAAACCAUAACUCUGGUCUAGAUAAAAAUAGAAUAAUAAAUAUUUCCCAUUUAUUUGCAUAGUUAUCUUUUUUCUUAUUUAGUAUAGAAGAAAAUAUCCAAGCUGUGCUAUCAGGGGAAAGUAGAAGAUUAAGUUGUGAUGCAAAAAUGGCUUCAUAUGUAAAUAUAGAAUUUAUGAAUGGUCAUAGGCAUAAAAAUAAAAUUGAUGUUCGAAAAAAUUCAAAAAGCUGUAGAUUGGGAAUAAGGUAUGUCAGAGGAGCUUGCUUUUUAGUAAUAAUUUAAUGUUUUGGUUCAAAAAUAUUUUAGAGAUACUGUUUUAUAUGCAUAUGUUCUUUUCAACAUGAAAAACUUUUAAGAUAUGUGAUAUUUGGGGGGGAAAGAGCCCUUUCACAAAUUUAAAUUUCUUGAAUGAACUUUAGCUGGACUUUAUUAAUCAAUGUCAUAUGAAGUUGAUUUAUUUUUUUCAUUAUAGUUUACAUUUACUGCCUGGUACUAAGCCUCAUGAAAUCUCAUGUAUAAUAUAAUCAUCAUAGUAGGCUAGACAUUAGGAUAGCCUAUAAAAUGCUGUUGUUUUAAUUUUACGCUAUUUAAGCAAAUAGGGAGAGAAGUGGCCGAGUAUAAUUGGUUUUUAUCAAUGCUAAGCAGAAUAUUUUGUAUUUUGGAUUAAAUUUUAUAUUAUUAUUUUCCUGGGUUUACCAUUGUGCAGUAUAGCAACAUAUACAAAAGAAUUUUUGUAAUCUCAAAAUAGAAGUACUUAGAGCAGAUAUAAAUACAUUCUAGACUUUUAAAAACAUUCAACAUAGAAAAACUUCUGAAAAAUGCAAAACAAAUGAAUUGUUAAACUAAAAUGUGCUUUUAACUACUAUUUAUUUGUAUUAUUUAGCUUGUUUAAUAAAACCUUCCCUUCUCAAAAU